UGUGGGGACGAGCUGAAGCAGACGCCGUCGGCUCGGCGCGGCCCGCUGCAAUCCGUGGAGGAACGCGCCGCCGGGGCACCAUCAUGCCCGGCCACCUGCAGGAAGGCUUCGGCUGCGUCGUCACCAACCGGUUCGACCAGCUAUUUGACGACGAGUCGGACCCCUUCGAGGUGCUGAAGGCGGCCGAGAACAAGAAGAAGGAAGGCGGCGGCGGCGGCGGCGGCGGCGGGGGCGGCGGCGGGCCCGGGCCCAAGAGCGCGGCGCAGGGACGGCACUCUGUGCUUCGGGAGAACGCGGUGUGCCAGCCGUCACAAUCUGGCUUCAGUUUUCCACAGUUACCAACUUGUAGUCGCAGGAAGAGCUUUGUAAACGCUGUGCCCCAAAUGUUGGAACUUAAUCAGAACUUUUCAUUUUUUUAUGCGGCAAAAAUAAUGUGCCUGUGCAUUAUCAUUUUAGGGAUAAGACGGGUUGGUAGAAGGCCUGACCAGCAGCUUCAGGGUGAAGGAAAACCAAUUGACAGGAGACCGGAAAGGCGACCACCUCGUGAGCGACGAUUUGAAAAAUCAAUUGAAGAAAAGGGUGAAGGAGGAGAAUUUUCAGUUGAUAAGCCUGUCAUCGACCGGCCGAUCCGAGGUCGUGGCGGUCCUGGAGGAAGAGGACGUGGCGGCCGUGGCCGUGGAAUGGGCAGAGGAGAUGGUUUUGACUCUCGUGGAAAAAGGGAAUUUGAUAGGCAUAGUGGAAGCGAUAGAUCUGGUCUGAAGCACGAGGACAAGCGUGGUGGGAGCGGCUCACAUAAUUGGGGAACGGUCAAAGACGAGUUGACAGGGGGCCCCCAAUACAUUCAGAAACCAAUGUCUUAUAAUUGCAGUGACUUGGAGCAGAGCACUGUGACCGAGGAGACCCCUGAAGGAGAAGAGCACCCAGUGGCUGAUACAGAAAAUAAAGAAAAUGAGGUGGAAGAGGUGAAGGAGGAGGGCCCCAAAGAGAUGACCUUGGAUGAGUGGAAGGCCAUUCAGAACAAGGACCGGGCCAAAGUAGAAUUUAAUAUCCGCAAACCCAACGAGGGCGCCGACGGGCAGUGGAAGAAGGGCUUUGUGCUCCACAAGUCCAAGAGCGAGGAGGCUCACACUGAAGAAUCUGUGAUGGAUCAUCACUUCCGUAAGCCCGCCAAUGAUAUCACAUCCCAGCUGGAGAUCAAUUUUGGAGACCUUGGUCGCCCGGGGCGUGGCGGCAGAGGCGGGCGAGGCGGGCGUGGACGUGGCGGACGGCCCAACCGCGGAAGCAGAACUGACAAGUCCAGUGCUUCCGCUCCUGACGUAGAUGACCCAGAGGCUUUCCCAGCUCUGGCCUAAACUGGACGUCCUCAGCCAGCCCCGGCUCCUUUGUGGACCCUCCUCCACGAGGCUUGCAUGCUUAACAAUCCUAAACAACUAAGAAAUUUUAAAAAAAGACUGUCAUUCAUGCCAUUCACACCUAAAGACUGAAUUUUAUCUGUUUUGAAAAUGAACUUCUCUCGCUACACGGAAGCAACAAUAUGGUAGUCAGUUUUGUAUUUAGAAAUGUAAUGGUAGCAGGGAUGUUUUCAUAAUUUUCAGAGAUUAUGCAUUCUUCAUGGAUACUUUUUUGUAUUGCUGCUUGCAAAUAUGCGUUUCCAAACUUGAAAUAUAGGUGUGAACAGUGUGUACCAGUUAAAGCUUUCAUUUCAUUUGUGUUUUUUAAUUAAGGAUUUUAGAUGUUUUCCCUCAACGACAAACUGGUCUUAACUAUUGGACGUCAUUUGUUUUCUUUAGUACCUGCUUUGCAGUUUGUCACAUGUGGUCAGAUGGGACGUGUACGCUUAAUUUGGCAAACUGGAUGCUGUGUGGAAUACUAACUUCUGAAGUAUUUUAACUUAGUUUUAAUAAUUUCAGUCUUGGAAGGACUAUUGUGGUAGCUUUCAUGUAUGCUAGCUGUUUAUAUACAGACCGUAUCAGUACUUGAAGAGAUUCCAAGCACAUUGGUUGUGUCACAUAACUCUUGAUCCAGCAGUAAUGCAUGGUUCAUUAGGCAAAAGUUAGGCCUUAUUCACCCUUCCAACUAUCUACACUUUGAUGUGAAACUUUUCUCUUUCAAUUUAAAAAAAAACAAAAAAACAAAAACCAAUUAGAGUCCUUGUUUGGUAAGUUGUUUAAACUACUUACUGUGGGUGAGACACAUUAUUCUGUCAGGUAAGAUAGGUGGGGGAUGGGGAUGGGCGAAGGGCUUGAUUUGGUUAAUGCAGCGUAUUUGAACUACUGCUGAACAAGUGGUGUGAUUUAGAUGUGUCCAAGGUUGAUGAGAAAAUGUGUAUCUUUCCAUUAUCUGGAAGCCGUGUUCUGAAGAAACCAAAAGGCGCUUGCCAGGGAAAAAGGAGGGAAGAGUUUAAUUUCCUGAAAGAAAAGCAGACUGUUUUGAAAUGGUGGGAACUCCAGCAUGCUGCCUGAAAUAGAUACCAAAAACCUCUUACUGUUUUCUGCAUUUGCUAUAUGACUUCCAUUUCCGGUAUCCAAUUGCUGACAGAUGAAUGUGUUUGUUCUCUCCCCUCCCCCCUUGAGAACUUCUUCCCUUUUGGAAAAUUAGGUUGAUAAUUUAUCCCUGUGAACAGGAGCAUCACCACUUUCCAAAGACUGAACUUGGAGUUAGCAACUAAUAAAUGUUUGGGGGUUUCUGGGGGGGGGGGGAGGGUUUGCCACAUUUGUUAGGAUAAUAGGAAUUAAUUUUCAUUUAAUGCUAAAUACUUUAAACAGUUUAUUUGUAAAAUUUUUUUUUACCAAGAUAGAAAAACAUAAUGCCCUAUUUUUUAAAAAAAAUAAAAAGGACAGGCCGAGCCAAGUAUUAGAGAACUUUGAAUAUGAAAACUACAGACACUUUGGCUUGCUUAACUAGACCUUUUCUACAGAAAAAUUACUUGUACAAGAGUAUUACCACAUGUGGAUUGAUUCUUUAAUUCAUUUACUUCACUUACUCUCUAGAAAGGAGUGUAUACAGUCCAGUAAAGAGCUAGGUUUUCCCCUCUGAGUGAUCUCUCUGUGCUGGCGUUAGUGGAUCUUGACACUAAGCAUGUUCUUUCUGCAUUGGUGCUAACGGAACAGUCUCCUUCAAGUACCUGAUAUGGAGAGGUGUAAAUAGAAAUCCUCUGGGGAUGCACAGACACAGUCUCAGCUGAUCGGUGUGGUCGUGGCUCAGCUUCCAAAGCACAGAUGUCUCAAACUGCUGGUCGUUCAGAUAGCACUUUCUUGUCUCCACCUUUAUUGGUUACUGUUUUCACUGUCACCUUAGCUCUUCAGACUUAUAGUAUGCCAGCAAAUAAAGGCUUGAAUCCAUGGUUCUGUCCCAGAAGUAGCCUCCCUGUUGACAAACCAGACCACAGAGCAAUAUUUGCGUUCAUAUGUCACAUACAUGACGAUUUUCAAACCAGCGUGUACUUUAAAGUUGGUUGAUCUGUUUCUCUGAUAGAUGUAAAUUUGCCUCUUGGUUCAUUAUGUGUCGCGCGAAAACUGUGAACAUAUCUCUUUGGUGGGUAAAAACUGAAAAUAAAGGUUUAUUUUCAUGCUCUCUUUACAAAGUCAUGAAAACAAUUUGAAA